GCUUACUCAAUGGAAAUUGUUAUCGGCUUACACAAGAUUCAAAUUGACCACGAAUGCAUAAAAAUUAGCUGUCUGCUUCCUAGGAAGCUCAAGAACAUUGCUUUUUUGCCAUUUAGGGAGUAAUAAUCGUCCACAAAAUGUCACAGACAAAGAUAUUCAAAUCAGACAUCGACAUGAAGCUCGAAAAAGAGAAGAACAAUUUGUCAAUACUGAAAGAGGCCAUGAACAAAAGUAGAACAAACACCCACGGCAUGUUAGGGAUACUUAACAGUUUUGAGAAUCGUUUACAAAAGUUAGAAAGUACAAUAGAACCUGUUUACAAUGAAACAGAAAUGUUGAGACGCAGACAAGAGAAUAUUGAGAAGACUACAGUCACAUUAGACAAUGUACUAGGUUAUUACCAUGUAGCUAAAGAAGUAGAAAAUAUGAUCAAGGAGGGGCCAUCUUCAUGCGGACUGGACAGAUAUUUGGCACAAAUGGACAGGCUAAAACAAGCAAUGCAGUACUUUGAAAGUCAUAAUAGUAAAAGUUUAGAAUUACUGGAUGUGACUCGCGUGUUUGAAGAUGGAACAGAAGUUCUUUGUUGUGAGUUCCGUUCAUUGUUGAGCAGACAUGGCCGACCAGUUCCUCCCAUUAUGUUACUAGAUCUGGUUGGAGAUGAAGAAAUUCCUUCAUCAGAUCCUGACGUUCCGUUAGAACAUUUUCCUGAGAAGAUUGUUGAUGAUUUAGGACAAAUUGCCAAAUGGUUGGAUAAGAAAGGAAACACAGAUAAGAAAGGAAAUACAGCUGAGUUUACUAAAGAUUAUCAGACUAUGCGAGGAACUGCUAUGCUUAAAUCACUUCAAGUGUUAAGAGAACAUUUGAAGUCAGCUAGUGCUAGUAGUGGUACAUCUAUACAAUAUAUAGGACAACAUUCUCCUGCUCCAACCUCAAAGUUUAGUAGAUCAAAAGAAACACCUGUUAGAAAGAGUAAACUGAAGAUAGCGCUCCAUUUGAAGAAGAAAGCCCAGACAGCGCUCCUUCAGUCACCAUUUGAGCAAACAUCAAAAGGCCACAGAAGACAGGGGUCAUACAAUGAUAUUGUAGAAAACUUGGAUGUUGAAGUGGAGAUCUAUAUAACACAGCUAUCAGCUCUACUUAAACUAAUGCAGAGUGAAGCCCAGCUGAUGUCCUGUAUCAUACCAGAUAAGAACAGAAGGACUGUAUUUGAUGGCAUUGUACAACAAUCAUUAGAUUCUGUAGUAUCAGAAGGGGAGAUGUUGGCCACCCAAGCAAAGAAGAGUAUCAAUAAACACGAGUUUAUGUCUGUAUUGUCCAUCUUCCCAGUCGUCAAACAUCUCAGAUCAAUAAAGCCAGACUUUGAUUACACUUUAGAGGGUUGUUCCACUCCAACAAGAUCUAAGUUAGCCUCAAUGUUAUCAACUUUAGGUAGCACUGGAGCUAAGGCGUUGGAAGAUUUUAUUGAAAGUAUUAAGAAUGACCCUGAAAGAGCAUCAAUGCCUAAAGAUGGAACAGUUCAUGAAUUAACAAACAGGACUAUUAUAUUCCUGGAACCAUUGUUGGACUAUUCUGAAACAGCUGGGGCCAUGCUACUGAUGCAUGGUGAACAAGCAGCUCCUUCAGAAGCAGUUGAUGCCAAGAAAAGUAAAAUGAAGUUUGCUGAUUAUAUGACCAAAGUGUUAUCAGCUCUAGGAUUGAAUUUAAGUAACAAAUCAGAGACCUACAAUGAUCCUACCCUGAGACCUGUCUUCAUGUUAAAUAAUUACAACUAUAUACUGAAAUCUAUUACAAGGUCAGAGUUGUUAAAUUUGAUUCAUCUGUGUAACAAAGAUGUUGGUCAGUACUAUGAAGAUCAGAUCCAUGAACAGAAAAGAUUGUACUCUGAAAGUUGGAGUAAAGUUUUACAUUAUAUCCUUGAGAUUGACGAGCCAUUGUCACAACAGAGAUUAAUGAUGCCAGAUGUUAAGUUAAAAGACAAAGAGAAACAGAAUAUAAAGGAUAAAUUCUCUGGUUUUAACAAAGAACUUGAAGAGAUUAUGAAAAGUCAGAAAGGUUAUGCUAUUCCUGACCAAGAACUUAGAGAGGCCCUGAAGAAAGAUAACAAAGACUUCAUUAUACCAAGAUAUAAAAUGUUCUUAGAAAAGUAUGAAAGAGUUAACUUUACUAAAAAUCUGGACAAAUAUAUCAAAUAUACGGCACCAGCUGUGGGUGUUAUUGUUGAUAAAUUCUUUGACACAUCUGCAUAGAACAUGUGUAAUGUAAAAUUGAUGAAGAUCACAUGUGUCUAUUGUUAUAAGAUGGUAGUGCUAUUAAUAACUCUUGGAUGUUUGGAAUUAGUAUUUAUA